CGGGAGCACCCCCCCCUGCUCUCGCCCCUCAAACCCAGACCGUUCUUCAUCCUUCGGGCCAGGCAAAGCCCACGACGUUGACAUGCCGGAGAUCCGCCUCCGCCACGUCGUGUCCUGUAGCAGCCAGGACUCGACCCACUGUGCAGAAAACCUUCUCAAGGCGGACACUUACCGAAAAUGGCGGGCAGCCAAGGCAGGCGAGAAGACCAUCUCUGUGGUCCUCCAGCUGGAGAAGGAGGAGCAGAUACACAGUGUGGACAUCGGGAACGACGGCUCUGCCUUCGUGGAGGUGCUUGUGGGCAGCUCAGCCGCAGGGGCCGGAGAGCAGGACUACGAGGUCCUUCUGGUCACCUCAUCUUUCAUGUCCCCUUCUGAGAGCCGCAGUGGCUCAAACCCCAACCGUGUUCGCAUUUUUGGGCCUGACAAGCUGGUGCGGGCAGCAGCCGAGAAGCGCUGGGACCGGGUCAAAAUUGUUUGCAGCCAGCCCUACAGCAAGGACACCCCCUAUGGCCUGAGCUUCGUGCGGUUUCACAGCCCCCCAGACAAAGACGAGGCAGAGGCCCCAUCCCAGAAGGUGACAGUGACCAAGCUCGGCCAGUUUCGCGUGAAAGAAGAGGAUGAGAGUGCCAGCUCCCUGAGGCCCGGGGCUCUCUUCUUUAGCCGAAUCAACAAGACAGCCCCACCCACAGCCAGUGACCCAGCAGGCCCCAGCUAUGCGGCCGCCACACUCCAGGCCUCGAGUGCUGCCUCCUCUGCCUCUCCAGUGUCCAGAGCCGUGGGCAGUACCUCCAAGCCUCAGGAGUCUCCCAAAGGGAAGAGGAAGUUAGAUCUGAACCAAGAAGAAAGGAAGACCCCCAGCAAGCCAUCAGCCCAGACCUCACCCCCUGCUCUCAAGAGACCCAAAUUGCCGGCUCCUACCCGAGCCCCAGCCACAACCGCAGCCUCUGCCCCAACACAGGCAGUGCCAGAGAAACCUCGGGGAGAGGGCACCAAGCCCAAGGGGUCCCGAGCCGGGCCACAGGAGCUGGGGAAGAUCCUUCAGGGUGUGGUGGUGGUGCUGAGUGGCUUCCAGAACCCCUUCCGCUCCGAGCUCCGGGACAAGGCCCUCGAGCUGGGAGCCAAGUAUCGGCCAGACUGGACUCCGGACAGCACCCACCUCAUCUGUGCCUUCGCCAACACCCCCAAGUACAGCCAAGUCCUGGGACUCGGAGGCCGCAUUGUGCGUAAAGAGUGGGUGCUGGACUGUCACCGCAUGCGGCGGCGGCUGCCCUCCCGGAGGUACCUCAUGGCAGGGCCAGGCUCGAGCAGCGAGGACGAAGGACACUCUCACAGCGGCAGCAGCGAGGAUGAGGCCCCCAAGCUUUCCCGGAAGCGCCCCCAGACCAAAACCAAGCCUCCUCAGGCAGCUGGACCCAGCUCACCCCAGAAGCCCCCAACCCCCGGAGAGACCAGAGCAGCCUCACCAGAGUCCCAGGAAGACACUGACACUGAGAGGGAGCUGUUAGAGGGACAGGACAACGGAGCGGAAGACUCCGGGGACACCGAGGAUGAACUGAGGAGGGUGGCUGAGCAGAAGGAACAACGGCAGCCCCCUGGCCAGGGGGAGAAUGGCGAGGACCCGUACGCAGGCUCCACGGACGAGAACACAGACAAUGAGGGUCCCCCAGAGUCCCCCGACCUGCCGGUUCCUGAGCUCCCAGACUUCUUUCAGGGCAAACACUUCUUCCUGUACGGGGAGUUCCCUGGGGACGAGCGGCGGAAGCUCAUACGAUACGUCACAGCCUUCAAUGGGGAGCUCGAGGACUAUAUGAGUGACCGGGUUCAGUUUGUGAUCACAGCACAGGAGUGGGACCCCAGCUUUGAGGAGGCCCUGAUGGACAACCCCUCCCUGGCGUUCGUCCGUCCCCGGUGGAUCUACAGUUGCAAUGAGAAGCAGAAACUCCUUCCCCACCAGCUCUACGGGGUGGUGCCCCAGGCCUGAAGUAUGUGCUUAUGUCCGUGUACACACACACACACACACACACACACACACACACACACGUUUAAUAAAGACGACUCUGUUUGGA